CCGAGACUGGGAUAUGAAACUAACUCUGUAUUUUUAAUGUUCUGAGCCUGCAGUUAAUGUUUAUUUAUAUUUUAUCUAUUAGCUAUGUUUGCUGUCGAACUCCAUCGAAUAUUCUAAGAUGCCAUUUCUAGGACAGGACUGGAGGUCGCCUGGGCAAAACUGGGUUAAAACUAAGGAAGGUUGGAAAAAACAGUCAGAUUACGAAAAUAAGAUUGUUGCCGAAUUUAAGAGCUGCUGCAAAGAUGAGGAAUUUCACAAUGGAAAUGUACAUCUCACCGUGAGUCAUGAAUUGGCUGCAAAGAAACGCAGCAAGGAGCUUAUGAACGACAACACAAAGGUCCCAUAUUUCCACAGAGACAAGUGGAUAUAUGUCCACAAAGGAACUACGAAGGAGCGCCAUGGUUACUGUACGUUGGGAGAGGCCUUUAACCGCUUGGACUUUUCAAACGCCAUCAUGGACUCCAGGCGAUUCAGUUAUGUAGUGAAGCUGCUGGAACUGAUUGCCAAAACCCAGCUGACCUCCCUGAGCGGGGUGGCUCAGGAGAACUACAUGAACAUUCUGGAGAAAGUGCUACAGAAAGUGCUGGAGGACCAGCAGAGCUUACGGAACAUCAGGGAGCUCCUCCAGACUCUGUACGUGUCCGUCGGUGGCCUGGUACAGGGCGUGGGAAGGUUUGCCCUCGUGGGAAACGUCAACAUCUGGACCCAGCGCAUGGACACCAUCCAGCACUGGCAACAGCAGCUCCGCUGCAUCCAGAUCAGGAGGCCGGUGUCGAAGGGAAUGACCCUGACCGACCUGCCAGCCUGCCUUCAGCUCCGCAUCAUGCAGUGUCUUUCUGAUGAGAGGGACCUUCUCAGUCUGGGUCAGGUGUGUCCUGACCUGCACACGCUCACAGAGGACUGCGUCCUGUGGAAGAAACUGUGCCAGUACCACUACACAGAUCGACAGAUCCAUAAGCAUUUAUUGCUGUCUGAAAGGGGCCAACUGGAGUGGAAGAGGAUGUAUUAUAAGCUCUGCUGCUGCUUCCCCCACGAGGAGCAGUACAGCGACACCCCGCAGUUCUGCACGCACUGCUACAUCCUCUUCUGGAAGGACACAAACCACCCUUGUACAGCCAACAACUCAGACAGCUGCUGCAUCCCCGUUUCCCCACAAGGAUUUCUCAGACUCUUCCAGUACUGAGGAGCACACUGUUUCUGUCUCGUACAUAAACCCAGUGGCAAGAGUGCUAUAGAUUCCUGCAAGAAUCAAUUCAGCAGAAGGGAACAUGCGUGUCAGUGCUGGAGAUGUGCUACAGGUAAUACUGAUCUCACACUUCAGCAUCUGCAACGAAAACACACUUCCUCCUAUAUUAUAAUUCCACAGCUAAUAACGUGGCUCGACAGGUUGAUUCACCCUGAUGUGCAAAGAAUAGUUUGAGGUGUGGCAAAUAUGUUUUUGUCUUAAUGCAGUUUAAACUCUUGUGUUUAAUGGACAAAGAACACAGUGAGGUCCUUGAAGUAUGCUGGAGUAAUGCUGGAGGAUUAAAACGAUCCAAAGGCAGAUUUGUCAAAGUGGAUUAUUAAGAUUAAUAAUAUAAAUGGUUUCUAGACAUUAUUUUUAAUUAUUUUUAUUGGAAACAUUUAAUCAAUUGUCCCCACCAUCCGACCAUGACUAUCUGUAGAUUUGUUGGUCCUGGUUAAAAUAUCCUUUUCUGAUGAAUUAUUUUGUAUUCAUAAGAAUCAAGGGUGGUCAUCAAUAUGAGUGGCAAUGAUGAAUAUGUAAAACUCUUGCAAUGUAAUUUUAUAUUCAAAUAUAUACAUUUGUUAUUUUAUCCAACAGCUUUGUAAACAUUUUUUUUCUUCAUAGUAUCUUCUCUAUUUCUGACCGCUGUAAUAAAGGUUAUUGUCAA